UGCGAGAAUUUUCUCGAAUUUCAAAUGUCAGAUGAAUUCGUUUGUCAUUCUUUUCUAGAUUUUGUGCUAGUAUUUGGUGUGCGAAUAAAAUAGAAGGAUUUCUGCGAGUAUACCACGAGCAACGGGUGUUGAUUUAUUACAAGUGUGAUUUUUAUUCAAUUAUAAAAUAUAGCCAGAUCAAAGAAUGGAACAGGUCAAUCAGUUAAAGGAGAAAGGGAACGCAGCUUUGGCUACAGGAAAUUACAUGGAAGCUAUCAAAAAUUACACGGAGGGGAUAAACUUGGAUCCAAAAAACCACGUUUUGUUUAGCAACCGAUCGGCAGCGCACGCGAAGGCUGGAAACUACCCGGCGGCCCUCGAGGAUGCUGAAAAGACAGUGUCGUUGAAUCCCUCGUGGAGUAAAGGAUACUCACGCAAAGGCAGUGCGCUGGCAUACCUUGGUAGAUAUGAUGAAGCUAUUGCUGCAUAUGAGAAAGGCCUUGAGCUGGAGCCCAGCAACGCCCAGCUGGCGUCAGGACUGUCCGAGGUGAAAAAGCAAGUCGAAGAGGUUAAGUUACGGACAGAACAGCUGUUUGGCAAACUCCAGGCUAACCCACAAACACGAGAUUGGCUCAAGGAUCCAGAAUAUGUCAAACUUGUAGAGAAAAUAGCUCAGAAUCCCUUCGACAUUUCCGAAUGCUUAGAUGCAAACAUUAAGGAUAAGAGAGUACUUACUACCCUCAGCGUGAUGCUGGGCCUAGACCUUGGCUCCCCCAUGGAUGUAGACCCUCCAGCACCAGAAAAGAAGCCUACUCCACCACCCCCCAAGAAGGACGAGCCACCUGCCCCGAAAUAUGAAGACAUGCCCGAGAACCGUAGAUUAGCUUUAGCUGAGAAAGACUUAGGAAAUGAAAGUUAUAAAAAGAAAGACUUUGAUACUGCCAUUAAACAUUAUCAGAAAGCUAUUGAGCACGACCCUACAGAUAUUACGUUUUAUACAAAUAUGGCUGCCGUGUUCUUUGAACAGAAAGAGUAUGAGAAAUGUAUCAAGGAGUGUGAGAAAGGGAUAGAUAUUGGCCGGGAGAACAGAGCAGACUUCAAACUAAUAGCUAAGGCUUUUGCCAGGAUGGGUAACGCCUACAAAAAGAUGGAACAGUGGAAGUUAGCAAAGACAUACUACGAGAAGUCGAUGUCUGAGCACCGUACACCGGAGAUCAAGACGUUACUCAGUGAAGUGGAACGUCGGAUAGCUGAGGAGGAGAAGAAGGCCUACGUCGACCCGGUCAAGGCUGAGCAGGAGAAAGAACUUGGCAAUGAGUUCUUCAAAAAGGGCGACUACAGCGCAGCCGUGAAGCACUAUACGGAAGCCAUAAUGCGCAACCCCGACGACCCGAAGCUGUACUCCAACCGCGCCGCAUGUUACACCAAACUCGCGGCCUUCGACCUCGGCCUGAAAGACUGCGACCAGUGCUGCAAGCUCGACCCCAAGUUCAUCAAGGGCUGGAUCCGUAAGGGGAAGAUCUUGCAGGGUAUGCAGCAACCAUCGAAGGCACUGUCAGCGUACCAAAAGGCUCUGGAACUAGACCCCAGCAACGCAGAGGCCCUGGAGGGAUACCGCUCGUGCUCCACACAAGUCAACUCCAACCCUGAAGAGGUACGUAAACGGGCGAUGGCAGACCCUGAAGUCCAGCAGAUCCUCCGCGACCCGGCCAUGCGUUGCAUCCUCGAACAGAUGCAGCAGGACCCGCAAGCCCUACAAGACCACCUGAAAAACCCCGACAUCGCCGCCAAAAUCCAGAAACUUCUCGAAUCUGGUCUCAUUGCCAUCCACUAGCGGCUACUAGAUUAAUUUGUCAGGAUUUCCCAACAACUCUUUUGGUAGGAUUUUCUCGCAACUGGCAACAUUUGUUUUUGUUUCGUCACAAUUUGGAAAAGGAAUGCUGCGUAAUUCUAUUCAAUUGUAAUUGAAUUCGCUAAGUUUCUGCAGUUAUGGAAUAUAAGUAAUAUGUACGUAGGUUAACAGUGAUUAAGCCGUCUAUCUUGCGAGCUAUCUACACGAGUUUACUUUGGGAAUGUUGCAAUAAUAACGCUCCCUCUAUUUCCACCAGUGACACUUUUAUAGAUCGCUCACAACAUAUGACAUCUGCAGAAAACUUAAAAAUAUCUUCAGUCCCAAUUUAUUUAAGUCCAAAAAUUAUUUCUAGGGAAUUAUUGUUAGUCCACUUAUAAAUUUCCCAGUCAAUGGCAAUGCAGAGUCAGUCAGAGUCUACUUAUUUUAACAUUGAGAGUACCACUUAGUGUUAAAAUAUAUUUUACGUUUUGCCUACCAGGAACAAGUUUUCAAUACUUUUAGGGAUAAAUACAUAAGAAUAUUGCGGUUAGCUCGUCGAUUCUUUUUCAAAUAUUAGCUUGUUUUCGUCGUUUUGUAGGCUUGUGGACCAUUCCAAAGUAUGCUUGUAUCCUCUAAAAUUAUGCUGAAAUAGUUUUGGUGCACUGAUUUUAUAUGUUUACGUUUUAGGUUUAUUUUAGCGUAUAUUGAAAGGAUAUCUUUUAUGCGAAUGUACCUACUGCCUAAUUGAAGGAAUUUUACAUACAUAAUUGCAAUUUUUUGUAAUUUAUUCAAUAAAGAAACAAUGUAGGCAAGAA